UUUCCACACCUCUGUCCUUGUAGAUCCGCUUGAGAUCACUCAUUGUGGGCGGGAUGGGCUUGAUGGGCAGCAGGACGCUGAACAAGACUGGAAGCCCAGUCUGGACCACAAGGACUCUGAUCCCCCUCAGAUAAAAGAGGAAAACUUUCCAUCAUCUAGUCCUCAGGAAGUUACUAACCACUUCUAUGAACUCCCUCUUCAGUCAGCAAGCAGUUAUGAUGAGCUAAAUUCUUCAAGCCCAAGCCACAACCAGACUCGGAACAGCAAAACAUUUUACACAGCGGAGAAAAAGAGAAGAGAUGUUGAAGGAGAAGGCUGCAAACUGUCCGGACUGACAGUUCCUCAGCCCUCCUACUACUUCAAUCUAGACAACACUGCAGCUCAACGUGAACACGGAGAGAAUACAGAAGGUGUGAUGAAUGGAGAAGGGAUUAAGACCUCCACACCAACGGUAACCAGGCAAAACGAAAAGCGCAACUCCAACCUGCGCAAUAGGAUAAGAGACAAUAUUGGCGUGAACGAAGACAUGAAUGAUCUGACCGGGGACAGAAGACAUAUUUGUCCCAUCUGUGCCAAACGUUUUAAAGAAUCGAGCCAUUUGAGGGAUCAUGUGAGAAUUCACACAGGAGAGAAGCCGUUCCAGUGUAAGGAAUGUGGCAUGAACUUUAGGCAGAGAGGAACUUUGACUUUGCACAUGAGAAUCCACACGGGGGAACGGCCACACCAGUGCAGCGACUGUGGUCGACGCUUCAAUCGAAAAGGCGACUUGGAGACUCACAGGAUGACUCAUACGGGGGAAAGACCCCAUCUGUGCGUGUUGUGUGGGAAAAGGUUUAAAAGGAAGAGCAACUUAAACACACAUCUAAACAUCCAUUCAGAGAACAGAAUGGAUUACAUACAACAGUUGUGAUAUAUGAAUCAUUCAGAUAGUGACCAUCUGGAAAACAUGGAUUUUC